AUGAAUGUGGAAGCUCGAUUCUAUGUAAAUAAGAAGUUGGAGCCGUUAAUGUUCGAAGAACUGCGUAAUUCUAUCGGACGAGGGGUUGGUGGUUUUUUGCCUGCUGUACGGCAAUUGGGCAACGUCGCGGCUUUGCCAGGAAUUGUUGGGUUUUCCAUCGGUCUUCCAGACAUCCACUCUGGCUACGGAUUUUCCAUCGGCAAUAUCGCCGCUUUUGACUGCUCGAAAAAAGAGUCGGUCAUUUCACCAGGAGGUGUGGGAUUUGAUAUAAACUGUGGAGUGAGGCUGAUCAGGACGAACUUAUACGAGAAGGAUGUAGCACCUGUCAAAGAACAACUAACCCAGGCACUUUUUGACUACAUCCCUGUGGGUGUUGGAUCACGCGGUGCCAUUCCUAUGUCAGCGGCGGAUCUUGUUGACUGCUUAGAAAUGGGUAUGGACUGGACUUUACGGGAAGGCUAUUCUUGGGCAGAAGACAAGGAGCAUUGUGAGGAGUAUGGUCGAAUGUUGCAGGCAGACGCCACCAAAGUUUCUACCAGAGCUAAGAAACGAGGCCUUCCACAGCUGAGACGUCUUCUAGGCCAAGUUGUGGUGAUGCUUCACUGUGGUAGCCGCGGACUUGGCCAUCAAGUAGCCACAGACGCGCUU